GGGGCGGCCGUGUUCUUCGGCGGCGCCUCGGUCGCCUUCGGACCGGCGCUGGCGCUCUGCCUGCUCACCGUGGCCGGGGCCCCGCUGCGCGUCCGCGUCCUCGCGGCUGGGGCCUCCUUCGGGCUGCUCUCCCUCCCGCUGGCGUCCUCCGUUUGGUGUGUCUCCGUCCGCCUGAGCCUCCCGAUGUUCGGGGCCGCCCUGUCGGUCCUGCUGCAGGAGGCCCUCCGCUUCGGCUACUCAAGCUGCUCAAGUAAGGCUGACAGAGGCCUGGGGACCAUCAGGGAAGAUGGGAGGUCUCCCAUCUCCAGCAGGCAGAUGGCGUAUGUGUCGGGUCUCUGCUUUGGCGUCAUCGGUGGCGUCUUCUCGGUGAUCAACAUUCCCGCAGAUUCCAUUGGGCCGGGCACCGUGGGGAUCCACAGGGAUUCUCCUCAUUACUUCAUCACGUCAGCCUUCCUCGCCGUGGCGUUCGUUUUCCUGCACACGUUCUGGGGUACGAUUUUCUUUGAUGCCGGCGAGAAGACGCGCUACUGGAGGCUGGCGCUGGUGGUCGCCGGUCACCUGGUCUCGUCGGGGCUGACGUUCCUGAACCCGUGCUGCGGAGCAAGCCUCGUCCCCAUCACGCUCCCCACGGGUGCCUGGGCCUUCUCCACCGCCGGAGGCUCCCUGCGGAGCCUCGUCGCCUGCCUUUCCUGCCGACGGAAGGAGGGUGACCGCGUCGUGCUGUGCCCUACGCUGCAAGUCCCCGUGGAGGACUGAGGCGCCCUCUGGCCUCCCGGAAGCAGGAUGCUUCUACGGGAGGGCCGUUGCCCGGAUGCCCACUGCUCCGCAGCUGCGA